AUGUAUGGUAUAAGAGAUUGUCGGAGCAGAGAAGUGAGGCCAACGUGUGACAGGGAAGGACAUGGAGAUCUAAAAAGGGUAGACCCUACUGAAUAUGCGUCAUGCGAUAGACCUAUGGUUUUCGCAAAUAUUUGUGACUCAUUGCACAAUGACGAAAUAGCAUACAUUUUUCGUAGAUCAAGCGAUGACUCAUCAAUAGAUAUACGUGUAAUUUCGACAAAUGCCUUCUUCGAGGAUCUUGGCUUCUCAACAGAUUCUUCCAUGUGCAAUUAUAGAUCUUAUCUUUACGAAGACUUGAAAAAUGUAUUUUACGAGCAAAUAAGCUUGGCCUUUGUUGGCUCUCUCUGUCAGAUGUCAUCACGAGCCUUGAAAAACCUAAUUAAGCAAAAAUUCUAA